CCACUGACACGACUCAAGAGCCAAAUAAAUGCAUGGAGAUGUUUCCAUGCUUAGGCUUAGUCUUAGGAUCUCCAAAGACAAAUUCCCUCUUUUGUUUUAUUAACCAUUCCAAUUUUGAAACCUGAUUAUUAUGGUCCCAAUUUAUAGCUGUUACAUUCCUAAUUCAUAUUCCCAUGCCACAAUACACAAAACCUUCAACUUCACUGAACACGGUUUUAUCAUAACCAUACAAAUUCAAUUGUAAAUCAAAUUAGGCAAAACAAAAAAACAAAACAAAAAAGAAAGAAAGAAAGAGACCCUUUUAGUAUUUCCUAAUUUUUGUCAACGUGUCAUUCCUUAUAACUGCAAUACACAAAUUACAGCAAAACACCAUUUUCAUUUCUUCAUACACCUUGUGUGCGUCUGAAAAACAAUGGCUGAAAACCUCAACUGUGACAUGGCCCAAAACACCAUCAAUUACCCUCAUUGGUAUUCAUCAAAAACUGGAAUUUACAAUAGUACACACUCUCGUUUGAAUCUUCCAACAGACCCUUUUCUCGACAUUGUUUCCUUCAUUUUUUCUCACCCUCAUGAUGGGGUUUUAGCCCUUAUUGAUUCCUCAUCUGGGUCUUCCAUUUCUUACUCAAAGUUGUUACCUUUAAUCAAAUCCAUGGCUUCUGGUCUUCACAAAAUGGGUGUUUCACAAGGUGAUGUCGUUUUGCUUCUACUUCCAAACUCAAUUUACUAUCCUAUUGUACUAUUGAGUGUUCUAUAUCUGGGUGCUGUUAUUACACCACUGAAUCCUCUUAGUAGUGUUCGAGAAAUUCGUAAGCAGGUUAGUGAGUGUAGUGUGAGUUUGGCUUUUACAGUACCUGAAAAUGUUAAGAAACUAGAAACAAUAAGCAUUCCCAUUAUUGCUGUGCCAGAAAAUGAAAAGGAUUUGAAGAAUGAUUGUUUUUCGUGUUUUUUUAACCUGAUUUAUGGUAACUUUGAUUUGCCUCAAAAGCCUGUUAUUAAACAAGAAGACACUGCUGGUAUAUUGUAUUCUUCUGGGACUACAGGUGUGAGUAAAGGAGUUGUUUUAACUCAUAAAAAUCUUAUUGCUAUGGUUGAACUUUUUGUGAGAUUUGAAGCUUCUCAAUAUGAAUACUCUAGUUUGAACAAUGUGUAUCUAGCUGCUUUGCCAAUGUUUCAUGUAUAUGGUUUGUCGCUUUUUGCUGCGGGAUUGUUGUCGUUGGGUUCUACAAUCAUUGUAAUGAGGAAAUUUGACAUUGACAAAGUUAUUAGGGUGAUUGAUAAAUAUAAUGUUACACACUUUGCUGUUGUUCCACCAAUGGUGUCGGCAUUGACAGCGAAAGCUAAAGAUGUUAAUGGAAGUAAGUUGCAGAGUUUGAGACAGGUUUCCUGCGGUGCAGCGUCUUUGAGCGCAGGAAUUAUCAACGAUUUUGUCCAAGCUUUUCCAAAUGUUGAUUUUAUACAGGGUUAUGGAAUGACUGAAUCGACGGCAGUAGGAACACGCGGCUUCAAUACGGAAAAGUUUCGCAACUGUUCUUCAAUAGGGUUGUUAGCUCCAAACAUGGAGGCAAAAGUGGUAGAUUUUAAUUCUGGUGAAUUUUUGCCUCCAGGUAGCAGCGGUGAGCUUUGGUUGAGAGGGCCUUCAAUUAUGAGAGGAUACUUGAAUAAUGAGGAAGCUACAAUGUCGACAAUUGAUGAAGAUGGUUGGCUACAUACUGGAGAUAUUGUUUAUUUUGAUCAGAAUGGAUAUUUAUAUUUGUCUGACCGCUUAAAAGACAUUAUCAAAUUCAAGGGCUUUCAGAUUGCUCCUGCUGAUUUAGAAGCUCUGUUAAUUUUGCAUCCUGAAAUAGUUGAUGUUGCUGUUACAGGUGCCAAGGAUGAAGAAACUGGAGAGAUUCCAGUGGCAUUUGUAGUAAAAAAGGCUGGAAGCGUACUUUCUUCGAAGCAUGUUAUCGAUUACAUUGCUGAGCAGGUUGCUCCAUACAAGAAGGUUAGGAAAGUGGUCUUCACCGACAAGAUACCGAGGUCUCCGACGGGGAAGAUCCUCCGAAAGCAACUCACGAAUUGCUUAUCUUCUAAAUCUAAACUCUGAGGCAUUUUUUAGGCCUAUAUAGUGCGAACUGAAAAAUUGCCUAAGAGGAUACAUAGUGGGUUGUCAUAACAUGAAAGUGGUCGACUAUGGUUGUUUAAGUACUUGCAUCAUGAGUACUAUUGAAGGAAUGUAGAACAUUGUGUCCUAAGAUUAAGUUACCAAAAUUCCUAUGAUGCACAUCUUUUUAUGUAAUUGUGAAUAACAGGAACUAGAAGUCCAAAAACCAGAAAAAGAAAAAAACUAUCAAUUACUCUGUCCUGUUCAAUACACCUAAUCUCUUAUAGUAAGAGAUCCUUGUAAGUGCAAUUG